AUGACCAACACGACGACGAACAGCACAACAUCCCUCUCCCCCUCCGACUACUGCACCCUCACCACCUGCCCUCUCUCCUCCGCCUACAUCAACUACAUCCCCUCCCUCGCCGGCAACAUCAUCUACGCCGCCAUCUUCACCACCCUCCUCAUCGCCCAACUCAUCCUCGGAAUCCGCUACCGCACCUGGGGCUACCUCACCGGUCUCUCCGGCGGUCUUCUCCUAGAGAUAAUCGGCUAUGUAGGGCGUAUUCAAAUGCACUAUAACCCGUUCAGAUUCACUCCUUACCUUGAAUACCUGAUAUGUUUAACCAUUGCACCAGCCCUCCUCUCCGCUUCCAUCUACAUCUGCCUCACGCGAAUCAUAACCCUCUACUGCGGCGCCACCAAAAACUAUGGCCUCUCCCUCCUCCAACCAAAAACCUACACCUACCUCUUCAUCACCUGCGACCUCAUCUCCCUAACCCUCCAAGCCGCCGGCGGCGCAAUCACCUCCACCGCGGACGCAGACCAAGCGGAUCUCGCCCAGACAGGGGUGAAUAUCAUGAUUGCGGGGUUAGCUAGUCAGGUUGUGUCCCUGGUGUUGUUUAUGGGUCUGUGUGGCGAGUUUGCCUACCGCGUGUGGAAGAAGAAGAAUUUCUAUAGACUUAAUGGGGAUGCUAGGAUGAGGGAUAUUAGAGGGAAUAGGUUGUGGAGGGGUUUCUUGGGUGGUCUAUCCCUCGCAACAAUAACCAUCUUCAUCCGCUCCGUAUUCAGAGUCGCCGAGUUGAAAGGCGGAUUCCAUAGUAAACUUGCCAACGACGAGGUGGAGUUCAUGGUGUUGGAGGGCGCGAUGAUUGUCUUGGCUACGUCGGCUAUGACGGUGAUGCAUCCGGGGUUUUGCUUUGGUGGGUUGUGGACGCAGACGGCGAAGUGGUGUCGAGGGUGA